UUCGACACAAGCACGAACGCGCCGAAAGCAAAAGAAGUGUCUCUUGGUCUUCACGUGGCUAUCUGUGUAUUUUCAUCGAUUUCAAACGUUUUUCCUCCCAACAUGAGUCACACCAUUCUUCUAAUUCAACCCAGUGCAAAGCCAGAAUCCAGGACAUACUCUGAUUAUGAAACUAAAGAUGAGUGCAUGGAAGGAGUUUGCAAGAUAUUUGAAGAAUACCUUAAGAAGUCCAACCCAAGCACCCCGUCAAUCACAUACGACAUCAGCCAACUGUUCGACUAUAUCGACAAUUUGACAGACCUGUCUUGUUUGGUACAACACCCAAAGCAGACAUCUUUGUAUGAACCACACAACAAGGAAUGGAUUAAAGAAAACAUUUACAUCAUGUUAAGAAAGCAAGCUGGGAAAUGACAAGUCUUAAUGAAGAUCAGUGGUCACUUUUUUUUCUUAGUCUGUAUCAUAAUGCAACUCUGGUUUGUGUGACAACCCUAGUGCUGAAUGUGCUGGUGGAAAGCCGACAUGCUGUGACUUCUGUGGAUGUCUUGUUCUUGUACAUGUUGCUGAAAUAUUUUCUGUGAAAUGCAUGUUGACUCCUUUUUUGGAGUAAGGUUUUGCCUUGGACUCAUUCUCACUGUCACUAAUUACAUCUAUGAAGCCUUUUGUCCUUUUUUUUUUCUUGUAAUCUUUCUCUGGCAAUAUCAUUCA